GAAUAAUUCAGCUGGUAAAAAUGGAACUUCUUGGGGAAAAAAGCUGUAACCGGACAUUCAAGGUCUUGUUUGUCGGCUUGGAUGAGUGCCUCAUCCACAUGCAGGUUAAAUGGUCCAUCCAAGUGGGGUGCUAACAAAACAGAAGCACAGCACAACAAUGAUUUGAUGCUAACAGAAGCUGGCUGUAAAGUAGACAAAGUAAAUGUUUCUCUUUUUGCUGGCUUUUAGCAAAUCAGUCAAAAGAUGAUGCCACAGUCAAAAACUUGUUGGAAAAAUAAUGCUAAUAACAAACUAGACCCGGAAAUCUGACAAGCUCCUUUAUAGUGGUAGAAACAGGGAACUACUUGAUGGCUGACACCUUGGCAUCAACAGGCCUUGCAUGACUUGGCUCACAACCUUACCAAGAGAUAACACGUUACGUUAUUUUGCAAGGUUUACAGUCAAAUUUCCUUCAGCUAUUCAUAAAAACACAAAGCACAAAUGUGGUCAAGAUGAUCCUUCUAGGCACUACUAUAUACCAGCACGUCAUCCAAAACAUCAGCACAACGUUCCAGCUCAUUAAUAACUAUAUUUAAAAGUCACUGAAAUGUAGCCAGUGCAUUUGGCACCAAAUCCCAUGAUGGUAUAUACUUACAGUCUAUAAGGAGUUAAUGGGACUUGGCAGUACUCCUUUAAUAGAUCAGACUUCUUCUUAUACUGUGGUGCACCAGCUUGGUCAAUAUGGUCUCCAAGGCGAGGCCAUGGGUAAGAAUCGGACUUACUUUAAAUCUUUGUCAAAUUGGAUUUUAUGUCAUCUACAUCAAUAUCAUGUUUGAUCAAAGUUGUUUAGCUGUCUCCCUAAACAAAGAUGGAUAACUUCAAAGGUAACCAGUGCAUAAAACUCCAAUAUGGUUGGUUAAAUAAGAGCAUUUUGCACACUAACUGACUUGGUGUUUUUUGUUCUUAUUAUUGAAUUAUUAACAUUCAAUACUAAUCACUUAAGAUUUAUUCAUACUUCUAAUGGUUCAUUAAUUACCUAUAAUUGUAUGCUUUACAAAGUUGGAUGUAAAAAGUUGGUGUGGUGACAACAGCGCAUUUUGCAUUCUGUAAUCCAAGAUGUUUCUUUUUUUUUUAUAUAUACCUAGCAGGGUAUGUGACAGAUGGGAAACACUGGGCACUAUGACCCAGAAGGCAAUCUACUCUUCAGAGAGAGAGAGAGAGAGAGAGAGAGAGACAAGGCUGUGAUCGGUGGUGCUUGUUUGAUGUCAGAGUCUGUAUAAAAAUCGAGACUCGGAGUUGGCUCAGCAUUCAACCACGAGGGGCCUGCAAAGGCAUAGCUCUUGAGAACCUCUGCCCUACAUGUGGAUUAUCUGUGACAUCCUCCCAGAUGCUGGGUUAUCAGGGCGCACUGCUCAACAUUUACGCAUAAUACUUUUUAUUUGUUGCGUGCUUCCACAGUUAGGAAGUUUUCUUUUCAUGGCUAAAACCCGGAGAAGUUUUCAUUUCUGCGAUGAAUGGAUACUUGCCUCCAUAUUUCAACAUCUGCGCAUUAAAAUCUGAUGUAAAAUGAAAAAAUGAAGAAGAAAAGAGUCAGUUUUUCGGUUUCCACUGUGCCACUACUCUGAACGCAUGGCACGGAUGAGGCAACGCUCACGACGAAACAAAGCUCAUUCAGUGUCAGACAUCAGAGGGUGCAAAUAAAAUAUGAUAAAAGUGACUGAAAGUUAUGGAGCUCUCGGGUCAAGUCGAGCCAACUCAGCCGGUGAACACCACAAACGACAGUUUUACUACAAAUUCAUCCAUUGUGGAUGAGAGCGCAGAGAGUCUCGCCUAUCAGAUCAGCUUGGCUGUGAUUCUCUCGAUUAUCACACUCGCCACCACUUUAUCCAAUGCCUUUGUCAUCGCAACGAUUUCCCAGUCGAAGAAGCUGCAAACUCCCGCAAACUUUCUGAUCGCCUCUCUGGCCGUCACUGACCUGCUGGUGUCUAUCCUAGUGAUGCCCAUCUGCGUCCUGUACACCGUGAUCCACACCUGGACGCUCGGACAAAUAGUUUGCGACAUCUGGCUCUCCUCGGACAUAACGUGUUGCACUGCGUCCAUCCUCCAUCUGUGCGUAAUCGCUUUGGAUAGGUACUGGGCCAUCACUGACGCAGUGGAGUACUCUAAAAAGCGCACGACGGGAAGAGCGGCAGGGAUGGUGGCCACAGCCUGGGUCAUCGCCAUCUCCAUCUCCCUCCCGCCUCUCUUCUGGAGACAGGUGAAAGCGGAUGAAUUAACAAGCUGUAGCGUCAACACAGAUCACAUUUUCUACACAAUUUACUCCACUUUUGGGGCUUUCUACAUCCCAACCUUGCUCCUCAUUGUCCUCUACGGACGGAUAUACGUGGAGGCUCGGAAAAGGAUCCUGAAGCAGUCCCCGAAGAAGGUUGGGAAGAGACUAACGUCGGCUCACCUGGUCUCCAACUCCCCUGGGUCCGCGGCGUCCACUAGCUCUCUGCAGUGCGGGAGACACGACGCUCAGUCCAGCGACACCGGCUCUUCGACGAGCGAGAACCAGGUGAAAGUGACGGUGUCCGAUGCGGUUUUGGAGAAAAAGAGAAUUUCAGCGGCAAGAGAACGAAAAGCGACAAAGACUCUGGGGAUAAUCCUCGGCGCUUAUAUUAUUUGCUGGCUUCCGUUUUUCAUCUACACGUUGCUAGUGGCAACAUGUGACACAUGUUUGAACCCCGAGUUAUUUGACUUUUUCACCUGGCUGGGAUAUCUCAAUUCCCUCAUCAACCCGAUCAUAUACACCAUGUCUAACGAGGACUUCAAGAAAGCUUUUCACAAACUCACGCGCUUCAGAUGUUGCAGGCUGUGAGCUGCACCUCCAGUCACUGACAACAUUUGUUUAUGUGUCUAUUUUCUUAUAUGAACUUCUGAAACAAGAAUCCUUCAAAUAAUAAGCUCUCUGUGACUCACAGGCAUUAUGAGGAUGUGAAAAUGGGACUUUUUUCAUUUGAAUCGGUAUGGAGAUGAAAAAAUGACAGUUUUAUUGAACAAAAAAAGAAGAAGUGGUGAGAAAUUGUUCUACAUAAAAGGCAUAGUUGUAAAAAUACUUCCAUUAUCUAAAUAAAUUAAGAAAAAGAAAUUCUAAUUCAGUGAAGCCAUGAUGAGGAGAAAUGCCAAUUUAAAAAAAAAGUAAAAGAAAAAAAAUAAGCUUGUUUUUUAUUUACAAAAGACCCGAUUAUCAUCUUCACAAAUGAUUUAUAUAGAUAAAUCAUUUGUGAAGAUGGGCAUUUUGCAUAUUGAGGGUGGUGGUGGGAAACUUCUUUUUUUUUGACACUGUUUCACUUUAACCUUUCACAUAUCAGUUAAGUGAUGGAUUAUUCUGUGUGGAUUCCUAUUUGGCUGGUAAAGUAUGUUAAUGCAGUGCAUAGCACUUACUCCCAUGAUGCCUGACCCAUUAAUGUGAAUAAGCAGCAGAAAUCAGGAGCAACAGACAUGAUUUUGAAUUCAUAAAUACCUUUUGGAUAAAUGACUCUGGCUAAUUCUUUUUGGGGAUUAUGUGAAAACCUGAAAGCAAGGUUGCUGGUUCAGUUAUAUGUCUAUGUAUGCUGAAAAUAACCAUAGGUUUAUAUUUUGAUCAUAGUCUUGGGCCGCUCGAUGCUGUGGUUAUCUUUGUUUAGAAAGGCACACCCAUGCAGUUAAAAGAAAGAGUGAGAAGUCUGCUUUCCUUCUGGGGCUCUAAGAAAAGCUUCAUCUGCAGCUGAUAUUAAUGCAGCAAAGCUGAUGAUCACUCAUAAUAAAUUCAAUUCUGCUGAACAAACUUAAUCUUGUUUUACUGUGCAUGGGUGGGCCUGUUUUCUGCCACAUUCAGUCUGUUUCUUCAGUAUGUCCUGUUCGUGUGUCACAUGGUUUCCCCAUCUUAUGGCCGCAUAGAGUGAUCUGAAUUGUAGAAUCUGGCUUGCAGAGCUACAUAAAAAAAUGCUGAAGAUCUGUCAGCAUAAAAUGAAAACAAAGUUUGUUGUUCUAGUAUUUGUUCUCAUCCAGAGGAGCUGUGUAAU